UCGAAAGUGUUGCGGUAUAAAAAUGGAAAAGUUUCUCAAGGGAUCAUCAGUUAUUUCCCAACCAGAUCGUUGAGAUCACACACAACUUUUAAGAAUUCUCUUGGAAAAUAAAAAUCUAAAAAAAAACCCAAAAUGUUGAAGAUCGUGUGCUUAUUCGCUGUUCUUGCGGUCGCAUUGGCAGAUGUGAGGCCCGUUCCAUCUAGCGCUGUACCAAUUAAAUCGGAUGCACCGGUAAGCAACGAAAUGCUAGGACAAGAUGUCGCAACCGAUAUGGACAAGGCAGAAACAUUUGGUUUCGGAUAUCACAAGCAUAUCUACGUUGUCCCUCAAUAUUACGGUGGAUAUUACGGAGGCUAUCACGGAGGAUAUGGUGGAUACCAUGGCGGAUACUACCCAUAUUACGCCCAUCAAUACGGCUAUCCUUACUAUUACUAAAGCAAUGGACAACGAAUAAAAUCAAAUUAUUUAUUGAAAA